CUCCAUCAUCGCCAUAUCGCAGCAUUGCCUAACAACAAACCCCUGACGAGAAACGAACCCGAACUCCUCGGCCAUCGCAUCCAUACUCCUUCACUGAUGGUCGCAACUUCGGCCGCUCCCAGCGUGCCCAUCUCCCAAUCGCGCGAGCUCGGCCAGAUCGAUCCCUCAUCAACUUCUACAUCAGUACAAAAUGCCGCGACCUCUCAAUCGAACAUCAAAGACCGCCGGCCAUGGGCGCAUUUUGUCGCUGGCGGCCUCGGCGGCAUGACAGCUGCAACUCUCACCUCUCCUCUCGAUGUCCUCAAAACUCGCCUCCAGUCCACCUUCUACCAAGCCGAACUCGCCGCCCGCCGUACAGCAAAAGGCAUCCCGCCCCCAUCCCAAAUGUCAUUCCUCCGCGCCUCAUGGCUGCAUAUUAGCGAGACAGGCGCCAUCCUCGCCGCGAUUCCCAAAGUCGAGGGUUGGAGGGCAUUGUUUAAGGGCUUGGGGCCGAACCUGAUAGGUGUGGUUCCCGCUCGCGCAAUCAACUUCUGGGCUUACGGGAAUGGGAAAAGGUUCUAUUCACAUCAAUUCUUUGGAGGACAGGAUGUUGCAGGCGCACAUUUGUUGGCUGCGGCGACAGCGGGGAUAAUCACAGGAACUGCGACGAAUCCUAUUUGGUUGGUGAAGACGCGGUUACAAUUGGAUAAAGAGCAUGCGAAAGGUGCGCCGGGUCAGGGGAGGAUGUAUCGAAAUGCGUGGGACUGUGUGGUGAAGACUGUGCGGCAUGAGGGGAUAAGAGGGCUGUAUCGCGGGUUGACAGCGAGUUAUCUGGGGGUGAGUGAAAGCACGUUGCAGUGGAUGCUGUACGAGCAAGCGAAGAGGAGUCUAGCGAAACGACAUGAUGAUUUGGUGUUGAGUGGGAGGACGCCGAAUACAUGGGAUAAGACAGUGGAGUGGACUGGGAAGCUAACGGCUGCGGGUGGUGCGAAGUUCAUCGCGGCACUGAUCACAUAUCCCCAUGAAGUGGUGAGAACGCGAUUACGGCAGGCCCCUGUCGACGCGAGUGGAAGAGUCAAGUAUACCGGACUCUGGAGUUGCUUUACCACAGUCUUCAAAGAGGAGGGCAUGGCCAGCUUGUAUGGAGGCCUUGUACCGCAUAUGUUCCGAGUGGUGCCCAGCGCAGCGAUAAUGUUUGGUGUGUACGAAGGUGUGCUGUGGAGUCUGGGCGAGAGCUCGAGUGUAUGAUCGAGAAGAGACGGCUGCGAAGCAAUGUACAAACAGUGUAACAACAGGAAAGAGAGAGGACGAAGAUCGCAUUCAGAAGCUGGGCUCUGAUGUGAGCCGAAGACUGCGCAUGUAAAGGUAAACAGGUGUACAAAAGUCCACUCACGAGCAAUGAUCUACUGCUCACGUUGAAGAUCUUCCCAACUACUCUUUACCUUCUUUCCAGUCUCUACGCCCUCUGAACGAUCCAGGCAGCCGUCCUAACUUCUGUCCAAAAACGCGCGACAUGUGGCGACGAUUGUGACACCAGAGAAUAAGAACAUCGUCCCAUUGGACCCAGCUACCUCGCAAAGACCGCUAGGACAUAGUCAGGCGGUGACUCCAACAGACUGGACCCCAUCUGCAAUCACCAUCAGCCACCACACGUGGCCGUAGGACGAAAAUAAUCCAUCCAAGCACACUAGUAAACUGAACAGCAAAUGCACUUCCCGACCGACAAACUACAAUUUCCUCCACGCGCAUUUCCAGUGCAAAUCCGAACGCCAGAAACCAACAAGAGAAGACCGUAUAAUUUCCCCCAAUCAGCAUUGAUGCCAAUAGAAUACGAUGCCGUCCUGCCAAGAGCAUAGCCAAGGAGUAUUGUGAUACCAAGGAAAGUCGGAGAUCUAGAACGGAUCUGAGUCUGGGCAUCAGGUGCGGCGAAAGUUAGUACGGCGAAUAUUGGUGCGGCGGAGAGUCCAGAGCGU